GUUCGUUUCUUCUCAGCCGUCGUGAAAAACAGAUCGAAAAUGGAUUUCAAUGCGCUCCUACAGCAAGCCCAAAAGCUCACCCAUGAGACGCAAGUUUCGGAUGAUUUGCCACGCGUGGAGCGUACGCUGCCGCAAGUGCUGCAGGCAACGCAAGAACUACAUUCCCGGGUAACGCAAACGGGUGCACAAGAUAUGCAAGCGCACAUCCUGCUCGGAUCAAACGGUAUUGAUCUGCCAAAAAUAUCGCAAAAGCUGGAAACACUCAGCGCACGCAAGACAUUCGAACCGCUCGAUCCCAUCGCUACGACGGACGUGCAGAACUUCCUACGCAACGAGAAGGAAAACGCUAUACUUGCCGUUAUUGAGGAAGUGCACAAGAAUUCUUAUUUGGCCGCCGAAACGCAGAAAUGGGACCACAUGAUGAAUGAUUGGAGGCAGGAAAAGGUGAAGCUCAUGAACGCGCUAAUUGGUCCAUCGCAAAGCUGGAUCGACAUUCGUAAAGGUCCCGAGCAGACCAUCCUCAACGAAACCACGUUCGGUGGUAGAUCGUCACUGAACAGCCAGGAAAUGGCUUACGCUCGUGAAGUGCACGAGUACAAUAAGCUUGUGUGUGAAGGUGCGAUGCGCCCCUCACUGGUACAACGUUUCUCCCAGGUGGCGGACAGUUUCAGCGAUUCGCGUGUAAGCGACAUUUGGGAAGUAAUAAAGUACAUGGCCAACGUAACACCCAUCCCAAGAAGUCAAGAUCCAAUGAAAGUGCGCUGUUCCCAACAUCUGUUCAUCAAUCAGGCGAAACGCUACCUGGAAAAUCGAUACAAAGUCUUCAUGCAAACCGUAAUAUCGGAACAUCUUCGUGAAGCACGCCGGGGCGGCAUACCGAGUGUGCUGAAUUUAGUGGGCUCGUUUGUGGGUCUAAAACUGGCCACCCACGGGCUGAAUUCGUCGUUCAUCGGAUUGCAGGAUGGGCAUGUCGAUGGGAAACCUUUGUGGCCCAUGGUGUAUUAUUGUUUGCGCUGUGGUGAUAUUGCUUCGGCCCUGAAGUGUAUGCAAAUGGCCGGACAAGGACACGAAGAUUUGAUAGCAGUGCUCGAAGAAAAGUGCCACAAUCCGGAGCAAAAAACUAACCCACGGUUAGAACUCCAGAUACGGAUGCAGUACAAGCGGCAGAUACGGAACGCAACCGACCCAUACAAACGGGCCGUUUACUGCAUCGUAGGAUGCUGUGACAUUCAGGAACCGCAUGCUGACAUCGCGAAAACAACGGACGAUUUCCUUUGGAUACAGUUGUCUUUGAUUCGUACCGAAGGGGACGACAAUUCGGAACAUUUAACCUGUUCCGGGCUACAGAGCAUGAUACUGGAACAGUACGGUGAAAAGCAUUACAAUGCCAACGAGCAGCCCCAUCUGUACUUCCAGCUGUUGGCCCUCACCGGGCAGUAUGAGGCCGGAAUUGAAUUUUUAUCUCGUUUCGAGAAGUAUCGCGUCCAUGCCGUUCACAUUGGACUGGCGCUGAACGAGCUACACAUGAUUGGCGGACCGCGUAAUCUUCAGGAACCAUUACUAUCGGUCGACUUUGAAGAUCCACUGCCGAUGCGACGGUUGAACAUUGCGCGCUUGAUAAUGUUGUACGUGAAAAAGUUCGAAAUUACCGAUCCACCGGAAGCGCUACACUAUUUCUACUUCCUGCGUAACCUCAAGGACAGUGAGGGUCGAAAUCUGUUCCUCGUAAGCGUGGCAGAUCUUGCAAUUGAGUGUCGCGACUUUGAUCUACUGUUUGGGCGUAUGCAACGUGACGGAAUGCGUUCGCGAGGGUUGAUUGAUCAGUUCGAAAUGGCACACAUCGAUGCGCGAACCGUGUGCGAAAUGGUGGCCGAAAAGUUUGUUAAGAAGGGCAUGUUUGAGGAUGCGAUCAAGAUGUUCGAUUUGGCGUGCCAGCAGGAACAGGCGCUACGUUACACCUCCAUACUGCUGUCGCAAGUUGUCCAUCAUCCGAACAAAGAGGGUUCACUGCGUGAGCGUGUCCAGCGGAUGGCACACGAGUUUACGGAGCGUUACACGGGUGCGGAGAAAAAUUGUGACGCACAGACGUGGACCACCUUUAACUUGCUGAAAGAUUUGGCCGCCUUUUUCGAUUACUAUCAUGGUAAAAAUCAUCAGUCAGCGAUGGAUAUUCUCGAGCGUAUUAAGCUGGUGCCGCUACGGAUGUCCGAUCUGGAUGUGGCGGUGAACAACUUUAAGCGCUUGUCCGGAGAAGUUUGCAAGGUCAUUCCAGACCUGUUGCUGGCUACGAUGGAUAUUGCCUACACAAAGUUCAAGACGAUGAAAGGGAAAGAUGUCGCCAAGUACGAUGACCUCGGCAAGAAGAAUCAACUAAGCUAUCUGCGCGAGCAAGCAAAGGCACUAACUAACAUGGCCGCGAUGGUGCCGUACCGCAUGCCCGGAGAUACCAACAGUAGGCUUAUUCAAACGGAAAUCCUCAUGCAUUGAGAGCGACACAGCUGCCGUGUGGCUUAUA